AUGAAUAUUUUUCGCAAUCGAGGGGCUUCUCAGCCAUCUCCUCUUGUCCUCGUACUGAGUACAGUCACCGACACUUCGACAUCUUCAACCUCGACUACAUCGUCAACAUCCACAACAACAGGAACAAAUACAGCGACGACGACGUCGUCGACCUCGACAGGCACAGGCCUCCCACCAUUAAGUUCCACCACACUCACAAACAUCCCUACCGCAACCGUACCGCCAACCUCCAAUGCACCGUAUAUGCAAGAGUCCAAUCUACCCGAAGGCACCGUCUUCAUCGCCGUCGGAGCCGCACUAGGAUUCAUCGGAUUAUCAGUCUUGGUAUGGCGCGCAAUGGUUGCAUGGUCAAUCAACCGCUCCGUCCGACGAGCUGCCUACCAGCAAACAAAACCCGACGCCAAGGGCGCCGCCGUUCUACGACGAAGCAGUAGACGAAAAUCCCACCGUCGUUCCGGAGCCAGUGGUCGUCGUCGUUCAUCACGUCGCGGAACUCGUGGCACAUCGAUGAAUAUGGAGAAACUCUCAAGAUCCGAUCGACACAGUCACGUAUCAACCAAGACACCUGCCACGCAAAGCAGCCUGUUCUUUUCGCCAACGGCGGGCGCUGGAAGUCAUCAAUCUCUCAAUCGGACUUCGACGUAUUUACCAGCUGGAUAUUAUGCGGCUGGCAAUACUGCGAUGGGUAGUCAUAGUCAGGUCAAUCUUGGACGGAGCCCGCCGGGAACACCGACUUCACCUCCAAGUCGCGGCUUUGAUGCCCCCUUUAACCGGUCAUCGCAUCUGGGUGCAUCUACGAGUUCAUUGAAUCUGAAUGCGCCUCCUCAGGGUAGAGCGCCGAGUGCUUAUCUCGAGGAUCUAUUCGAUAGCCAUCCCCCCCAUACUCGCCCCAGCGGACCGUGA